UAUAUUUAAGUUAAAUAGAGCUUUAAGAUUGGUUUAGACGUUGAAUAAUAUAUGAUGUUGUUUCGGAGAUGUCUUAAAUUUACUGGAUCAAAAUGGAAUACCCAUAAUUUACUGUUUUCUGGAGCAAUUUACAGCGCACUGUCGGAAGUAAAUUGUACACUGGGUCGACGCACAUACGUUACACAAGGUUCAAACCAAAGAAAACGCUACAACGUUGGCCUGUUUGGUUGUGGGCGGAUUGCAGGCGUCCAUCUUAAAAACAUUCUGAGCAACCGUCGUCUGGACUUGAAAUGGAUUGUGGAAAACGAUAUGAGGCGAAUACAGGAAGUGAAGGACGAGUUCUACCUCGAUGGAAACACUCCUUUCUUCCCCUCCUCGGAGAGAGACAGACUUUUGUCGGAUAAAAGCCUCGACGCCGUUGUGGUCGUGUCACCCACCAGCACACAUACAGAGUACAUCGUCCAGAGCCUCAAACAUGGCAAGGACGUGUUUACGGAGAAGCCAGCGGGCGAGUCUGUGUCCGACAUUCGGCUGUGUUACGAGACGGCCGAAAAUACCGGAAGGACUUUCCUCACAGGAUUUACUAGACGUUUUGACGAUUCGUAUCGAGACGUGAAGUCUGCUAUCGACAAUGGAACCUUGGGGAAAUUACAGGUCAUCAAAACUACGACCAGAGACUCGCCCAAACCGUCGUACGAGUUUCUUAAGUCCGCCGACAGCACCGGCUGCAACAUCCUGGCGGACCUGGGUGUUCACGACAUCGACAUGGUUGUCUGGCUCACACGUGCACAAAGGCCAGAGUCCAUCUACAUAACGUGCCACGUGCACGACGAGCAGUUACAACAAUGCGGACAGCCUGACUCGAUGGCCGGCCUCAUCAAGUACCCGGAUGGAGUCUUUGUUACCAUGGACGUGUUCCGAGAGAGCGUUUACGGCUAUGACAUACGUCUCGAGGCAUUUGGCACAGGCGGUAUGGCACUGGCAGAGAACCCCCGGGAGAGUUCUACAGUUAUAGACAGGGAAAGUGGUGGUUCCACUCGUCGACUCUUUAACUCCUUCCCACAGAGGUUUGAGGCACCAUUUGCUGCGGAGCUGGACCAUUUCAUAAACUGCAUGGAUGGAACUACUACUCCACUUGUUACAAAGGAAGAAAGUCUGUGUGUUGCUGACAUUAUUGAAAAGGGUGUACAAUCGUACAGAGAAAAACGUGUCGUAUUUUUCUGA